GAGUUGACGAGUUCUAAACUGAGAAUCGGAAUGCGAGUUGCGAGUUUGUAACUUGUGAGAACUGAGAAGAGAGGAGAGAGAAUUGGGGAAAGUCAGAAAAGGGGGGAAAGUCAGAAAAGGGGGAAAUAAAAUUAGACUUCCAAAAUAAAAAGAGGGAAAAAGGUUCGAACUCGCGACUCACGUGGACUGUGGCUAGGCGCUUAAUGUUUGCACGCGGAACCAAUGAGCUAUCCUUGUUCUAAUGUAAUUCCUACGCACUCUCUUUGUUUUCACCUACUUUUAUUUGUUUUUUCUAGAAUUUUUGCUUGAUUUUUUUUUUCAAAAUUCCAUGUAUUUAGCUGAACCCACGGAACACACGCUAGAUCUAUCCCUGCUUAGGAGUGCAAUAAAGUAGGAUUCGUGACAUAGUGGCACACUAUUCUCCAUGCUUGCAUAUGUACAUUACUAUAAACCGUAAAAGCACCAAGUUGUAAUUGCUGUCCAUUUUUCAACUAGGCACCCUAACAAGAAUUUAUAUUUAAUUCACAAGCAAAUUGUUUGGGCCUUUGGGGGUUAUUAUGUUAGCCUAAAGUUAAAAGUAUUUGGAAAUUCAUAUCAGAUCUCAUAAAUUAGAACAGAAAAGUAUAGAUUGGAGUGAAUUAAUUUAUUUUAUUAUAUAUUUUUUUUUGAGGCUUUCAACAUGUGAAGAAGUCAGAGGAACCAGUCAUAUUUCCUCGUUGUCUUAUAAAAUACUUUCAACAUUAGCAAGUGGUCGAUUUAUUUGACUAUUUAAAUUUUUGCAAGUUGUAUUGAUAUUAUAAUAGCUUCCAUAAACGCAAGAAAAAUAUCUUUCAAAAUUUCACUCAUCACCAGCUUCAAGCAUAUUACAUAGUUUAGAAAAAAAAAUAUUAAUGAGAGUUUGUUCAUCAAAUAAGUUAUUUUGAAGAUCACAAGUGCUUUAUAAUUUCUACCAAUUGUUUCAGUAGGAGCUGCUGAAAAAAGAAUUUAUGGGAUUGGUCAACGGAAACUCAGAGAUGUCAAACAUUGAGUUGGGAAGUAAAAAUAAGUACCAAAGAAUGGAUUCUGAACAUGAUAAUAAUUCUUCAAGCUGUAAUCUUCAGAAGGAUAACACAAAUGAUUGCAGAAGAUAUGUUAUGGUUUGCGCCUUUUUCGCUUCUGUCAACUCAGUACUCCUUGGCUAUGAUGUCGGUGUAAUGAGCGGGGCAAUCAUAUUCAUCCAUGAAGAUCUCAAGAUAAAUGAGGUGCAACAAGAAGUAUUAGUAGGGUGUUUAAGUAUAGUUUCACUGAUCGGUAGUCUAGUAGGAGGAAGAACAUCAGAUGCUAUUGGAAGGAAAUGGACAAUGGGAAUAGGAGCAAUCAUUUUUCAAUUAGGAGGCAUUAUGAUGGCUUUGGCUCAUUCCUUCCAAGUCUUAAUGCUUGGAAGGCUUUUAUCAGGUAUUGGAAUCGGGUUUGGAGCAACCAUCAUGGGUGUCUACAUAGCAGAAAUAUCCCCUGCUAUUUCAAGAGGUUUCCUCACCACAUUUCCUGAGAUCUUUAUCAACCUCGGAAUCCUUCUCGGUUAUGUCUCAAACUAUGCAUUUUCAGGUCUACCUCCAAGUAUCAACUGGCGGGUAAUGCUUGCAAUAGGGAUAUUCCCUUCAGCAGUCAUAGGCUUUGCGCUCUUUGUAAUUCCGGAAUCACCAAGAUGGUUAGUUCUUCAAGAUCGAGUUGAUGAAGCAAGAUCAAUUUUGAUAAGAACAAUUGGCGAUGAAAAAGAAGUGGAGGAAAGACUUAACGAUAUCCUACAAACUGCAAGCAAAGCAAAAUCAAAAAACAUUGAAGAAAAAGCUGUUUGGUAUGAAAUUUUGAGACCUAAUCCAACAGUUUUCAAGAUGCUUUCUGCCGGUGUUGGGUUACAGUGUUUCCAACAAAUUACGGGAAUAGAUGCAUUAGUUUAUUACAGUCCAACAAUAUUAAAGACAGCUGGGAUUGAGGGUAACACUCAACUUCUAGCUGCAACAGUUGCUGUUGGAUUUACAAAGACCGUGGCAAUAUUAGUUGCGCUUGUCCUCAUUGAUCGAAUAGGUAGGAAGCCGUUGUUGUACACGAGCACAAUUGGGAUGACAAUUUGCUUGUUCUGUAUAACAGUGAGUUUGCCAUUCAUGGGAAAAGGAGAAGUUGGGAUAUUAUUGGCAAUAGUGUUUAUUUGUGGGAAUGUCGCAUUCUUUUCUGUGGGAAUAGGUCCGAUUUGCUGGGUUUUGACUUCAGAGAUAUAUCCAUUGCGAUUACGAGCUCAAGCAGUUUCAGUUGGUUUUGCAGCUAAUAGGGUGUGCAGUGGGCUUGUUAGCUUGUCUUUUCUUUCGGUUUCAAAUGCAAUAUCAGUGCCUGGGACUUUCUUGAUCUUUUUUGUAUUAUCAGCACUUUCAGUUGUCUUUGUUCAUAAGAUUAUUCCAGAGACAAAAGGAAAGACAUUGGAGGAAAUCGAGUGUUUGUUCCAAGAAAGGGAAGGCUGGAAGGAAGAGCACUUGGAGCUUGCAGAUACUGACCGUUUAGUAUCAUAAUCUUAGGUAUACUUUGUUUAAAGUGUAACACCCCCAUUUUCAAAAUAUUUUUAUAAAAUGGAAGUUAGAAAGAUAAAAUAUGAAAACUGAGUUUAACAUCUAGGGGAGUAUCUUAAUAUAACCUGUGACAAUAAAAAAUGCAGAUAAAUCUUAAAACCCAAAGGAAGACAAGCUAACAAGCCCAUUGCGAUUACAAGCAAAAGUAAUUUCAGUUGGUCUUGCAUGAAUCUAGAGGGCGUGCAGUGGGCUUGUUAGCUUGUCUUUCCUUUCGUUUUCGAGUGCAAUAUCAGUGCAGCAGUGCUUGGGACUUUUUGGUCUUUUCUUAUUAUCAACACUUCCAUUUACUUUUGUUCAUAAGACUUCCAGAGACAAAAGGAAAUACAUUAGAGGAAAUCGAGUGUUUGUUCCAAGAAAGGGAAGUAUGGGAGGAAGGUGUUCGAAACCCAUUGAAAGUCCACUUGUGAGUGUCUUACGUUCGAGAAAAAGGAGAGAAUAAACCACUUUAUAAGAUUAGGAGUUAUUCCUCCUAUUACCAAUUGAUUUUAGGAUGGAACUUCUUAAUUUGUAAGUGGGCUAAACUCUCCUCCUCCAUAUCGAGUUAACCAGGUCCAUUUUCAUAUAAUCUACAAAAAUUAACACAAGGGCACUUGGACCUCUAUUCAAAAUAUUUUUUAUAAAAUGUAGAUUAGAAAGAUAAAAGAAAAAAUUAACAAGAAUAAUUCAAACUAUCACUGUUUCGCUCAAAAUAAUCCUAACUAUAUAUAGGUUAUUCUAGAAUAAUCCAAAUUAAUUAUCCUAUAUAUAAUGAUCAUUGAAGACAAGAAAAAUAAAAGUUUGGAUUAUUUUGGGAAGGUACCCUAAAUAGUUUGGAUUAUUCUAGAAUAACUCAAUAUUAAGGUUAUUUUGAACGAACCGUUUACAGUUGAGAUUAUUUCUGUCAAUUCAUAGUUCAAUAUCUAGGGGAUUUUUAUUUAUAUAACUUGGUACAGCAAUAAAUUCAGAUAAAUUAUGAAAGCCAAAAGGAAAGUCAAGCUAACAAGCCCAUUACUAUUAGAAGGUCAAUCAGUUUUACCGGGUUUUUGCAAUUAAGAGGGUGUGCAGUGGUUGUUAACUUGUCUUUCAAUCCGUUUUUCAUUGCAAUAUCAAUGUCUGCAACUUUCUUGGUAAUUUUAUGUAUUAUUAGUAUUUUCA